AGCUUCACUUCCGGUCUGAAGCAGCGUCGCGUCCUGUUCGACUUCUGAUUAAACUGUUUAAACUAUUUAAACUAUUUAAACUGUUUUAACAGUUUUAACUGAUUAAACGCCGUCAUGUCGAGUCGCGAGGCCCUGAACAUGAAGCUGCCUCCGAUCCAGUCCACGGCCGGAGCCGUGCCGGUCCGCAACGAGAAAGGUGAGCUCUCCAUGGAGAAGGUGAAGGUGAAGAGGUACGUGUCGGGUAAGCGUCCCGACUACGCGCCCAUGGAGUCGUCCGACGAGGAGGACGAGGACUUCCAGUUUGUGAAGAAGGGGAAGGACCAGGAGGCGGAGCAGGAGCUGGAGGAAGAGGAUGUCUCCGACCCACGUCUCAAACGUUUGCUCAACCGCGUCUCCGAGGACGUGGAGGAGAGGCUGGCGAGACACAGACAGAUCGCAGAGCCUGAAGUCGUGGCCGAGAGCAGCGAGGACUCCGAUGAAGGCACGUGGCACCCCGAGCACCAGGAGGAGACCAGUGAGGAGGAGGAGGAGGAGGAAGAGGAGGAAGUGGAUGAUGAGGAAAUUGAGAGGAGGCGACAGAUGAUGCGCCAGCGAGCCACCGAACGGAAGAAUGAGGAGAUGGAGGUCAUGGAGGUGGAGGAGGAGGGGAAGUCGGGGGAGGAGCCAGAGUCGGAGUCUGAAUAUGAAGAGUACACGGACAGCGAGGAUGAAGCGGAGCCACGGCUCAAACCCGUCUUCAUCCGCAAGAAGGACCGAGUCACGGUGGCGGAGCGCGAAGCGGAGGAGCUGAGGCAGCGCGAGCUGGAGGCCGAGGCCAAGAAGCAGGUGGAGGAGCGACGGCGCUACACCCUCAAGAUCGUAGAGGAGGAGGCCAAGAAGGAGUUCGAGGAGAACCGGCGCACGCUGGCCGCCCUGGACGCUUUGGACACGGACGGCGAGAACGAGGAGGAGGAGUACGAAGGCUGGAAGGUCAGAGAGCUGAAACGCAUCAAGAGGGACAGAGAGUCCCGAGAAACCAUGGAGAAGGAGAAGGCGGAAAUCGAGAGAUUCCACAACCUGACGGAGGAGGAGCGCCGCGCCGAGCUCAGAAACAGCGGCAAGCAAGUCACCAACAAAGCCAGCAAAGGAAAAUACAAGUUCCUCCAGAAGUACUACCACAGAGGAGCCUUCUUCAUGGACGAGGAGGAGAACGUCUACAAGAGAGACUUCAGCGCUCCAACUCUGGAGGAUCACUUCAACAAAACCAUCUUACCCAAAGUCAUGCAGGUCAAGAACUUUGGUCGCUCCGGACGCACCAAGUACACCCACCUGGUGGACCAGGACACCACGUCGUUCGACUCGGCCUGGGCCCAGGAGAGCGCUCAGAACAGCAAGUUCUUCAAGCAGAAGGCGGCGGGCGUGAGGGACGUGUUCGACCGGCCCACCGUGAAGAAGAGGAAGACUUAAAGAUGUCCGACACGGCCUUCAUCAGAGCGUUGAGAGGCUGUUUCAGAGUCUCUCUACUGGACUUUAUGUUGUGGAAGGAAAGCAGCAAACGGACCGAUUCCAGGAAUCCAUCAUUUUAAAACAAACUGAAUGUUGGCUUCUAUAAACCUGCUUCAGAGGGAGAAUCUCUGCAACGUGGCUGAAAUGGAAUAUAGAUUAAAUUUCCUACUGUAUUUUCUUUUUAAAGCAGUGGGUUGAAAUUUUGUACAAACCAGUUAAUGACUACAUUUAGUUUGCAGAUUAUUGUACUGAUUUCCUCCAUGACCUUUCCUGUGAUAUAACAUUUUUUGUGUUGAAUAAAACUUGUAUUUUCA